AUGAUUGAGUCAAGGAAUUUUCAAGCAGUUCUAUUCUUCUUUCUCAUAGUCAUAGUGUUAGAAGGAGAUUCAAGAAGACCGCGUUUGAAAGAAGAGAAACAGAGUGAAAGGAGAGACUAUAGGCCUUCGAAGUGGGUGGCUAAUUCCGCUAUGGAUGUAUGGUACGGAAAUAAAAGCAUGGUAGAUAUUCUGUCAAGGGAAUUCAGUGAUGUUAUGAACAGGAUAGCUUUAAGACCAGUUCGCUCAGCCGUGCCAACAGAAGAAAUUAACUCGGACGUUUCAAAACUUACCGAGUCGGAAGAGGACAAAAAUGAAUUGAACCAAGAUGCCUUAAAACUCACAGAAAAACCACGAGCCAAAAAUGUAAAAUCAAAGGGGUUUAAUGCUAAGCAUAAACCAAUCAAAAAAGAAUUAAACAACACCAACGGAAAACGAAAUGAUCAAGUUCUGGUAGAACAAGUCAGAAAAAUCUUAUUGCGAAAUAUCAACGAUACCAUUUCAAAAGUUAUAUCUGACUACUAUCUCAAACACUAA